AUGAAGGUGAUCGUUAAGUCGUUUGAUACCCGAGUCAUAGACACAAAUGACUGUCCAACUGCUGCAGAUCUAAAGAUUUUACUAGCAAACAAGGACAAUUUGCCACUGGAUAGCUUGCAGCUAUACAACUGUGGAUCAUUAAUUAGUGAUUCUCAAUCUUUGGUAUCUCUGUCGAGUGACGCAUCUAUCGAUGUCGUUGUUCCGGCAUUAGGAGGUAAGGUACACGGAUCACUUGCGCGUGCUGGUAAAGUUCGUGGGCAAACCCCGAAAGUUGAAAAACAAGAAAAACGGAAGUCUCCACGAGGUAGAGCUAAGCGUAGGAUGCAGUACAACAAGCGAUUUGUAGCAGUUGUACAACAACCUGGUGGCAGAAGAAGAGGCCCGAAUUCUAAUGUAAAGUCAUCCUAA